AUGCAGCACAAAAUCGCAUAACAGAACGGUUCUCCUUUGCCAAAGAAACGGAAGAAAUGCGUAGAGAUAGAAGAAGGGAGAGCGGGGGAAAAAAACAAAAGUUCUUCCCCCUUCCCUCUUUCUCACUUUCCAAUCCCGCCUCCCCUAGCUAGGCUGCUUCUGCUGUCCCUCUCCCUCUAUACCCCAAUCUCCAUCUCUCUCUCUCUCUAGAUUCCAAUACUUUCCUUUGUUCCUGGGCAAGGCCAUCUUGAGGGGAGGCUCUGGCCAGUCUACUCUAGCCUGGGUCUAGAGAGAGGAGAGAGAAGAGAAGGAGUAUGGAGUAAUACAACAGCAGCCGAGGCAGGAGAGAGAGGAGAGAACCCCGAAGAGGCAAGGCAAGAAGCUGGAAGAAACCCCAAGAUUGGGGGCGAUUGAUCAGGGCGAGCAGCAGUAGAGGCGUUUCUUGGAUUCGCGCCGUUUCUUGGGGGUUGGUUCGACGGCGAUGGCUGGCAUGGACGCGGACAGGUACGCGCACAGCCUGGCGCACCACGCCGUGGCGACGCGGGACCACGCCGCGCUGCGCCGCGUGCUGGACGCGCUCCCGCGGGCGCGGAGGCCCGAGGAGAUCCGGACGGAGGCGGACUCCAUCGCGGAGGAGGCCCGGGCGGAGGCCGUAUCGGCCGUCAUCGACCGUCGCGACGUCCCCGGCCGCGAGACGCCGCUCCACCUCGCCGUCCGCCACGGUGACGCCGCGGCGGCCGAGAUGCUCAUGGCGGCCGGCGCCGACUGGAGCCUGCAGAACGAGCAGGGCUGGAGCGCGCUACAGGAGGCCAUCUGCGCGCGCGAGGAGGCGCUGGCGCGCGUCAUCGUGCGCCACUACCAGCCCCUCGCCUGGGCCAAGUGGUGCCGCCGCCUGCCCCGCGUCGUCGCCGCCAUGCGCCGGAUGCGGGACUUCUACAUGGAGAUCACGUUCCACUUUGAGAGCUCCGUCAUCCCCUUCAUCUCCCGCAUCGCGCCCUCCGACACCUACAGGGUCUGGAAGCGCGGAGCCAACCUUCGCGCCGACAUGACGCUCGCCGGCUUCGAUGGCUUCAAGAUCCAGCGCUCCGACCAGACCAUACUCUUUCUCGGGGAGGGGUCGGAGGACGGCAAGGUUCCACCAGGGUCGCUGUGUAUGAUCAACCACAAGGAUAAGGAGAUUAUGAACGCACUGGAUGGGGCUGGUGCGCCGGCCUCGGAUGUGGAGGUCCAGCAGGAGGUCACCGCAAUGUCGCAGACCAACAUCUUCCGUCCGGGUAUUGACGUCACCCAAGCCAUUCUGCUCCCGCAGCUCACAUGGCGGCGGCAGGAGAGGACAGAGGCUGUUGGUCCAUGGAAAGCCAAGGUGUAUGACAUGCACCAUGUGGUGGUCAGCGUGAAGUCAAGGAGGGUCCCUGGUGCGAUGACGGAUGAGGAAUUCCUCUCAGCUUGCAAUGAGAAUGACACAGAGAGUGAGGGGUUUGAUGAUGUUCUAACUGAGGAGGAGAAGAAGCAGUUGGAGGCUGCACUUAAGAUAGAUUCUCCAGAUGGUGUCGGCGAAGACCAGUCCAACUCAUUUGCUGGCCCUAGACAUAGUUGCUUUGAGCCGAGGGAGAGGGAGAUACCGAUUGAGGACAUGAGCGUUUCUGGAAAUGGGGAGAGUAAGCCUGAUAAGAAAGGUUGGUUUAGUAAUUGGGCAAAGAGAAGUCAGGUUAGCAAGCAGGAGGGGACAAAGAAGAUUGCACCUCCUAGGAGUUCGCUCUGUGUAGAUGAGAAGGUGAGUGACCUCCUCGCUGAAUCGCCAUCAAAUGUACAAACGAGACCAGGAAGGCAUUCAGUAGAUGUAGUAAGAACAGAUGACAUCAGAAGGGUAAAGGAAAGGGAUCAUUGGAAACCUGCUGCUUCUGCAGAGAAUGGGCAUAGGCGCAAAGAAAGUACCAAAGAAAGCGAGUAUAAGAAAGGUCUACGGCCUGUUCUCUGGCUUUCUCCAAACUUCCCUCUUCGGACUGAGGAGCUCCUGCCGUUGCUUGAUAUUCUUGCAAACAAGGUGAAGGCAAUCUGUCGUUUGAGGGAUCUACUUACAACAAAACUGCCUCCAGGAACAUUUCCAGUCAAGGUUGCCAUUCCAGUUGUACCUACAAUCAGGGUGCUUGUGACAUUCACAAAGUUUGAAGAGCUACAGCCACUAGAGGAGUUCACCACACCUCCUUCAAGCCCUGACAAUAGCAAGAGCCCAGCGGUACAGUCUUCUUCAAGUUCCUGGAUUCAGUGGAUCAAGGCUCCUUACCGCCAGAACUUCUCGACAACACCAGGGCCGAGCAGCCGUGUGGAGGACAUCCAGGACCCAUUUGUCAUUCCUUCUGAUUACGUCUGGACAACACCUAAAGAGAAGAAAAAGAAGACACAAGAAAACAAGAACAAGUCGAAGAAAGGCAGAAAUGGGGCAUAGAUAGAUAGCAUUGGUGGGGGGUUUAAGUUAUGUUGUGGGCGAAAAGAGCAAUACUCGGUGAUGUCCUCCGGUCUAACAGGAAGGAUGAGUGGAAGAUUUGAAGAUUUCGACUGGCUUCAGGUGUCUGAUGUCGAAUGUCAAGAACCGACCCCUUGUCUUCUUUCAUUGUGUUAACAGAUUUGUUCGUAACAUUCUUUCGUUUAACCCAAAUCAUUUCAGUCCCAAUUAUUAUUGCAGCAUCUCGGUAGAUUUUGAAUGUAGUGGCUUCCGAUA